AUGAGAUCUGAAGGUUUUUACGCAUCAAAUUCCCUUAGUUAUAAAAUUAAAAGCUAUGGUAGGAAUUGGUUCGUGUACUUUUGUACUUUCACGUGUGACCUUCUAGGUGUUACUUAUGGAUUUUCGACAUCAUGGCCAUCUUCCAUAAUACCGAAGCUGCAGUCGAACAACACAGAAGUGAAUCCAUUAUCAGCACCCAUAACACCCAUAGAAACGGCUACACUAGCGGCUUUGCCAUUGGUAUUCAAUACGAUAGGAAUAAUAGCACUCCUAGUCACAUCAAAAAUAUCAGACAAAAUAGGAAGGAAAAUGUCACUUAUUUGUGCUGCAGCAGUAAUUUGUCUAUGUUAUCUGAUUUUAGCGUUCGCCAAGUACAUUUCUAUUUAUUUUCUGUGCUUGGCGUUAAUCGGACUUUGCGAUGGAGUGAUAACGAUUAACCUAGCAGCGUACAAUUCGGAAAUUGCUCAAGACUCAAACAGGGGCAAAGUGAUGUGCUUUCAAGGAUUAUGCGUGCCCAUUGGAAAUACCGUGGCAUAUUUCGCGGGAUUCACCAACGUUAAAACCAUCGCUGGCAUAGGCAUAAUUUGCCCAAUGUCAUUUUUAUGCCUGUCCUAUUUUCUAACGGAGUCUCCAGUAUUUUUAGUUUCCAACGAAGCGCGAUGUAAGAAAGCUCUGGAACGGUUACGGGGUACCAAAGACGUCGAGAUGGAGUUUCUUACCAUUAAAAAAUCGAAAGAUGAUUUCAGGAAAUUCACGAUUUUCGAUAUAUUUAAAUCGCGCGCUUCGAUUAAGUCUUUUGCGUUGUCUGUGGAGCUGUUCUCGGCGGAAAUAGCAUCGGGCGCUUUCCUUCUGACUGCGUUUAUGGCUCCGAUAUUCGACGAUUCCAGAAGUUACGUUUCGGGAAACUCGAUAGGGGUCAUUUCGGGUGGAAUACAGAUAGUUUUCGUGUUCUUCGUCUCGUUUUUAGUGGAACGAUUGGGCAGGAAACCAUUGCUGCUUUUUUCUAGCAUUUUCGUCGUACUGAAUUUGUUCUGUUUGGGCGUAUAUUUUUAUUUGAUAAAUAAUGAUAUUUUGGUUAACGGAGAGUACGGAUGGAUACCUCUAUUUCUCGUGGUUUCUUAUUAUAUGGUGUACAGCGUAGGAUUGGGUCCUAUACCGUUCACUAUGACGUGCGAAUUGUUUUCGCACGAUUUAAAAAAAAUUGGUAUUUCUGCCGUAAUGAUUGUCACUAACAUACAAGUAUUUAUAGUCUUGUUUUCUUUUCCUUUAAUUACCGAAGCGAUCGGAGUUCACUUUUGCUUGUGGCUUUAUUGCCUGCUAUCUAUUUUCGCAUUUGUUGCUAUUUAUAUUACUAUACCGGAGACUAAGGGCAAGUGCAUGUCUGAAAUUCAAGAUAAUUUGGCGCGACAUUAA